GCCGCGAUUUUUCAGUCUGCCGUAGUGGGCCAGCUGUAUCGAUUCCUUCGUUUCCUGCCACCGGGAGGAAAAUUUCGAAAAAACAAAUUCCUCCGCGUCGGAAUACCGAAAUGUUGUGAAACGUCCCUCCGCACACUGCUGCAUCUUGACACUCCGUCGCAAAAUGUCGAAGCUUCCACUCGGGACCCUCCUGCUCCUGCUGCUGCUGCUGCUGCUGCUGAACGCUUCGAUCGCCCAGAGAGACGAGGCAGAUGCAGGUAAUAGUGAGGAAAAUCAAAACGCCGAGCAGUUCGGCGAGCAGGAGAUCGAGGAGCUGAUAAGGAGUCUGGAGCAGCGCAUCAACGCCAAGGAUGCGUACGAGGAGAAAGGAGUCGAGAGGGAGAGCGUUUUCCAAGUGAAUCCCAAUCCGCGCGACAGGAAGUUCCUCUACCUCAGUGCUGACGCCAAGGAUGCCGAGGUGGACGGCGAGGACAGGGGCAAGAGAAAGAUCGCCGACAAGGCCGCCGGAGUGGACGAGCUGAGAAAGGAGGCCUACGGCAUCCGGAACGAGCGAACCCCGAACCUCGACAGCGGCGCCGCGCAGAAGAACGAGCUGAGCGAGUUCGAGAAGGACGAGCAGUACUACCGGGCGCUCCUCCGUCUGCAGAACCUCUACCGGCUCUACAACAAGCGCUACCUGGACGACGAGGUGCAGGUAACGGAGGACCGGCCGAUCCGCCACUGCGGCGACAUCUUCGGCAAGAAGAUCGACCUCAUCCAGUCGAGCAAGCUGCGCUACCUCGAGCGCAGCAGGAUACUGGCCGACAGGAUCGCCGAGACGGCUAUGCAGCUGGUGCGCCGCAAGGCUCGGCUCCUCGACGGUAUCCUGCAUCCGGGAUGCGGCUGCGCGGGCAGGACGACCGUGGUCGAGACGGUGCUACCGGAGCCCGUCGUCGUCGCCCAACCGGUCGUCGUGGCGGAGGUGGCCAAGCGCAGGGACGUGGACAUAGCCGCGGCGACCUCCUCCGCGACGUCCCUCGACGCCAGCGUCAACGCCGGGGGCGUGAGCGUCGACGCGGCGGUCGACACCAACGUGGCUACGGCUGCCAGCGUUGGUACCGGUAUCGGUGGUUCCGGGGCCUCCAUCAGUACCAGCUCCGGGGUGUCCUCCGGCCUGCACGUGGGCGCCGGUCUGGCAGGCGGUGGUCUGGGUGCAGGUCUCAGCUCGAGCCUCGCCACGGAGAGCCACAGCCACCUGAACAUCGGCACCGGCAGAGGCAUGGCGGCCUACCUCAGCCAGCUGGGCACCUGCGAGGACUACGAGAGGAAGAUGAUCAUGGACAUGGCCAUCGAGGAGUCGGCCGGCAUGAUCAGAAAGCUGGCGCUGGAAACUCGAGGCGACCUGGCCUACCAGGACCCGGACUUCGAGAGGCGCGUCCUGGGCCUGGCCAUCGACCUGGUGAACAAGGUCACCGUCGGGGUCACCGGCGACGUCGGCGGUAAGCUCGACCUGCUCGGCGGCUUCAGGUACAACAGCGUCGACGACUACCUCAAGUCGUCGAUCUACGAGAGCGAACUCGAGGCGGACCUCGUGUCCAACUCCGGAUUCGACUACGUCAACCACAACAUCGACGCGCUGGAGGACUACGUCGGCCACGCCAGUCCCUACUCCAGGGGCCGAUGCGACAGCUGCUCCAAGUACGACAUGAGGAUGGGCAACAUGUGUCCGCUGUGCAAGAGGAGCGAGCGGGUCUUUCACGGGCGCGUGAAACGACGACCGGAACUCGUCGACGGCAAGGGAAAGAUCUACCACCUCGAGCAGAUGCCCGGGGUGCAGACUAAGCGAUCUAAAGGCGUUUGGGAGGACGUUAACAAGCUUUACAAUUUCGACUACUUAGAGAACGAUAAAUUCAUUGACUUGAGCAUGAACUGCAGCGAAAACUCCACGGAGCCGGACUGCCAGCGACUGCACUUUGACCUAGUGACUCCUCGAGACGGCGAGCCGGUACCCCUCUGGUUCGUUCGGGACUAUCUGAGUCACGGCCGCGACCUCGCGCUCGACAUGCACGACAGGGCCCGCGACCUGCAGCAGACCGGCGAGGGCCUCAAGCCGGCCCCGCACUCGCCGUCGAUGCUGCACUUCUUGAACAACCGGGUCUCCAACCAGCUGGUCAAGCUCAACCAGGAGUCCCAGCUCGUGCUCUUCGGCACCAAAGUCCUCCAGCAGAAGCUCCUCACCGAGUACAACAUAACGCCGAACACCUUCCUGGAAUUCCUCCGGCACCACGGAUUCCGCGUGACCGGCGGCAAGGUCUGUCGGGGCCGGGAGAAACGCUGCAACGGCUCGGCCCGGUACCGGAGCCUCGAGGGCUCCUGCAACAACUUCCGGAACCCCUCCUGGGGCCAGAGCAACACCGCCUUCGAUCGAGUCCUGCCGGCUCGCUACUCCGACGGUAUCCACGCGCUGGCCCUGAGCGUGACGGGCGUCCCGUUACCGAACCCGCGCGCACUGAGCGCCCAAUUAUUCUCGAGGCGCAACGCAACCGAUUCCGUUUUCACGCUCGCUCUUGUGCAAUGGGGGCAGAUUCUUGCGCACGACUUUGCGCGCCAAGUGAUCGAUCAGACCGCCGAGGGAGGCAUCGAGUGCUGCGACGUGAACGGAAGCGGUCCUCUGCCGAGAUCGUUACAGCAUCACUCCUGCCAGCCGAUUUUCAUACCGCGGAACGACAGCUUCUACGCCAACUACGGCCAGAGCUGCAUGAACUUUGUGCGCAGCAUGACCGUCGCCAGGGAGGACUGUUCUCUGGGCCCUGCCAACCAGCUGAACGGCGUCUCGAGUUUUCUCGACCUGUCGCCGGUCUACGGGCCGGACAAGGCGACCAGCGACAGCCUCCGCGAGUUCCACGGCGGCCGUUUGCGCGUCGAGCUCCGAGGCGACCGCGUCAUGAUGCCCACCUCCGCGAGGUCCGGAUACUGCGACGCUCGCACCAACUGGGACAUAUGCUUCGAAACAGGUGACGCCCGCACGAAUCAGAACCCGCAGCUGGUGGUGCUGCAGACGCUCCUGGUCCGAGAGCACAACCGCGUGGCUUACGAGCUCGCGGCCCUGAAUCCCCACUGGAGCGACGAGAAGCUCUUCCAGGAGAGCCGGAGGAUCGUCAUCGCCGAGUACCAGCACGUGACCUACAGCUACUGGGUGCCCCUCGUGUUGGGCCGGAGGUACAGCAGGGAUCACGGAGUCAUUCCCUUCCACGACGGCAUGUCCAACGACUACGACGCGAGGAUCAAUCCCAGCACGAUCAACAGCUUCACCUCCGGCGCCUUUCGAUUCCUCCACACUCUCGUCGAGGGCAGCAUAAACCUAGUCGCCGACAACUUCGGCACCUCGAGCACUCUGAGGCUCAGCAAUUAUUACUUCCGGCCGCAGAUCGUCGAGAGCAACAACAACUUCGAGGCACUGCUCCGGGGGCUCGUUUACCAGGCGAUGCAAAAGUCCGACGCGAGUUUUCACGAGGAGGUGACGGAGUACCUGUUUCGCUCGGACAACCACUACGGAAUGGAUCUGGAAGCCAUCGACAUACAGAGAGGCCGAGACCACGGGAUUCCCGGCUACAAUGCCUACCGAGACAUUUGCCGACUCGGCCGCUCCGAGGACUUUCACGGACUUAUCAACGAGAUCUCGCUGGACAACAUUGAAAAAUUGCAAAGCCUCUACGCGCACGUCGACGACAUCGAUCUGCUGGUCGGCGCGACUCUCGAGACGAGGGUACCAGGAAGCCUGCUGGGCCCGACGCUUCAGUGCCUCAUCGGCGAGCAGUUCUACCGCUCGAGAGUCGGCGACAAGUACUUCUACAACAACGCCAAUUUUCCGCACUCCUUCAGCCCAGAGCAAUUCGAGGAGAUAAAGAAGUCCAGCCUGGCCUCGAUAAUCUGCGACCUGGGCGACGCGGUCUACGAGGUGCAGAGCGACCCCUUCAGAAUCUCCUCUUACAAGAACCCGACGAUUCAGUGCUUCAACCUGCCCAAGAUGAAUCUCGAGGCUUGGAAGGAGGAGACCGAAGUUUAUUAUUGACUGUAUACUAUGACCGUUUGGCAAUUGUAAGGCAACGAUUAAAUUAUUCUACACAUUACAAAACAAA